GAAGAUGUCAUAGCGCUGCGCCGCGUAAUGGCGUCUGUGAUUCGGCUGUAGAAAGAAAAUAUCCUGGAGAUGCGAUGCUGAUCUCCAUGUGACACUGUUGUAAAGAUGGCGUUUAUUAAAGAGGAGAGUGAAGACCUGGAGAUUGAAGACACAUUCAGAGUCAAGCAGGAAGAUCCAGAGGAACAAACAGCGCUGAAAGAGGAGAGUCAAGUACUUGACGAAGAGACCGAUCAGACUGACCAACAUCGUGAUUUUAUAAAUGGAGAAGAAUCUUUUAAUAGUUUCCAAACUAAAAUAAGGAUUCUCUGCUGCAAAAAAAGAUCUCGCAAGACUGCGACUAGACUUUAUUUCACCUGCGGUCACUGCGGACAAGGUUUCGACCAGCAAGGAAACUACAACGUCCACAUGAGGAUUCACACCGGAGAGAAGCCGUACAGCUGCCAGCAGUGCGGCAAGAGCUUCAACCGCAACGGCAACCUGAAGGUCCACAUGAGGAUCCACACAGGAGAAAACCCGUUCACCUGCGUUCAGUGCGGGAAGAGUUUCACUCAGAAGUGCAGCCUCAAAAUCCACAUGAGGAUCCACACCGGAGAAAGCCCGUUCGCCUGCCAGAUGUGUGGGAAAAGUUUCAGUCGAAGGGGAAGUCUUAGGAGUCACAUGAGAACUCACACCGGAGAGAAACCGUACUUGUGCUCGCAGUGUGAACAGAGAUUCAAGCACAAACCCACCCUGACCACCCACAUGAGGACUCACACCGGAGAGAGGCCGCUGGUGUGCACUCAGUGCGGACAGAGCUUCAGAUAUCGCUUGACCCUUAGUAAUCACAUGAAGACUCAUUUAAACGAGAGCCAUUUCAGCUGUCACUACUGCGGGACGACUUUCACCGACAAGAAACUGCUCUCCAGGCACGUGUCCACUCACAUCGCAGAGAAGCCCUUCAUGUGCAGUUGCUGUGGAGUGACAUGCAAGAGCGCAAUCGCUCUCAACGUCCACAUGAGAGUUCACACCGGAGUGAAGCCUUUCGUCUGCGCUCAGUGCGGGAAGAGAUUCUCUCAGAAAGGAAACCUUUGCUUGCACAUGAGGAUCCACACGGGAGUGAAGCCGUUCACCUGCCUUCAGUGCCAGAGGAGUUUCACCUACAACAAAGACCUGCAGCGCCAUUUGAAGACUCACGCUGGAGAGAAACCCAAGGGUUCCUCGGUAGCUGUGUAUAUAGCCGGAGAUGAGAACUAGAUUUGUGGGCAAAACUGGAAUAUCAUAUAGCAGUGUUUUCACACAAUGAGUCAAAGAGAACCACAUAGACACUUCCUGAUAAACUGGCGGCAAAUAUCAGACAGAAAAGUUUAGUUUUCCAAACAACCGUCUUUUUCUAAUAUAGUUAUAUACAAGGCAAGAUCUUAUACAGAAGACAAAACACAGUGAACUUUUAGUGGCUUUUGCGAGACGUUCUUUGGGAGCGCAGAUGCUCUAAUCCAGGGGUGUCCAAACUCGGUCCUGGAGGGCCGGUGUUUUGCAGAUUUUAGCUCCAACUUGCCUAAACACACCUGCUAGGAUUUUUCUAGAAAGCCUAGAAAGCUUGAUUAGUUGGCCCAGGUGUGUCUGGGGUUGGAAUUAAACUUCGCAGGACACCGGCCCUCCAGGACCAAGUUUGGGCACCCCUGCUCCUAACAGUUCUGGAGGUGGUGAUAAUACUGAACCACUGUGACUUUAGCUGAGGGGUUUUAGUAUGAACAAAACAACAUUUCAGAUGUUUUACAACGUACUGGAAAGGCUGGUUUGUCUAUUAAUGUGUCCCAUCAAUCUAAAUCACAUGACUUUUUAGUGCACAUGCUGGAAUUUGUUCAGUAAAAGUGGUUCCGUCGUAGUUUAUGCACGUUUUUUCUUAUUGACUAAAAGUUUAUCCUACUCGGAGUUCCCCUUACUAUAAAACACAUUUUACUGGACUGUCCUGCUUUUAAUGAUCCCUGAAGACUUUGUUUAUGAAGUGAACUCUUAAGGAUAUUUUUAGCAAAGUGACACCAGAAAAGAUUUUAGAAUUCUUAUCAUGU